AUGAAGUCCAUCAGGCCCUGUGUCGCCUGCUCUUCUAGGAACCCGUCACACCACAUCGUCCGAUACCCCUUUUCGAUGGCUAAUAAAAUCCACCAUGCGUCCUCUGUCACGCUCCCUCGAGGUCCAACAUCAAAACCUAGCUGCAUCUCGACAUCUUGA